AAAAAUAGCGAGGAGGAGGAGGAGGAGAGUCCGAGGGAUUGUCAUUACUGUUAACCGGACUGGUUUGGCUUGUCACACGCCCUCUAAGGCAGAGCAUGUAUCUCAUUCACUGACAAAAUCACGUAGGUUUUUAUUUAGAAAAGGGGACUGAAAGAACAGCCGUCAAUUUGUUGUGCCGUGACGGAAAAACUUCACAGGAUGAGCGAACGGGAGGACGCAAUAUUUAAAACCACCGGCUGCAAGUGGCUGCUGCCUGUCAGUGGAUACUUGGGCUUAUCUCUGGACCAGGUGAACUUCCUGGCCUGCCAGCUGUGUGCUUUGCUUGCUGCCUUCUGGUUCCGUCUCUACCUCAGUCCUAACCAUGUCAGCCCCAUGGUCCGGCAUGCUGUCGCCACGCUCCUAGGAGUCGCCUUUCUCCUCUUCUGCUUCGGAUGGUAUUCUACCCAUAUCCUCGCUGUGGUGGUUGUUAACUAUUUCCUCAUCAUCAAAGCUGACAUCAGCAACGUACACAGGUACUCCAUGGUGACAUCGAUGGGCUAUCUGACAGCGUGCCACGUGAGCAGAGUCUUCAUCUACAGCUACGGCAUUCUUUCCACGGACUUCUCCGGACCUUUGAUGAUUGUUACCCAGAAGAUAACCAUGCUGGCUUUCCAUCUGCACGACGGGAUGUGUAAGAAAAGUGAAGAGCUGACAUUGGAGCAGAAGCAUGUGGCUAUACGUGUGAGGCCGUCUCUUAUCGAGUAUCUGAGUUACAAUCUGAACUUCCUGAGUGUGUUGGUCGGGCCCUGCAGCAACUAUAAGGACUACAUCGACUUCAUAGAGGGCAAACACAUCAGCUGGAGGCUGAAGCAGCACUCGGGAACAUGUAACGGGCAAAAUGGUUACGACAAGAUACCCCACCCAUCUCCUCUUAACGCAGUCUGUCGAAAGCUGCUGGUCUGCUGCGGGUGCAUGUUCUUCUUCCUCGUCAUCACUCGGUCGUUGCCGAUUACUUACAACGUAGACGACCACUUUGUUGGCCACGCCUCCUUCCUCAGCAGGCUCACCUACGCGUUCUUCUCCAUACAAGCAGCAAGACCCAAGUUCUACUUUGCCUGGACGCUCGCUGAUGCAGUAAACAAUGCAGCAGGUUACGGCUUCCUGGGGAUGGAUGGGAGUGGAAAACCCUGCUGGGAUCUCGUCUCCAACCUCAACAUCAUAGGGAUUGAGACAGCCACCAGCUUUAAGACCUUCAUAGACAACUGGAACAUUCAAACAGGGAUUUGGCUCAAAACGGUGUGUUAUGACCGAGCUGCGAAACACCGCUUGGCGUUGACCUUCAUCCUGUCCGCCUUGUGGCACGGCGUUUAUCCAGGCUACUACUUCACCUUCAUCACUGCUAUCCCCAUUACGAUAGCAGCAAGGGCUAUACGGAGGUCUAUUAGGCACCACUUCAUUGGCUCCAGAGUCCUGAAGCUCGGUUAUGACAUUGUAACUUGGGCGGCGACCCAGCUAGCCAUCUGCUACACCGUCAUGCCUUUUCUCCUUCUUUCAGUGGAACACACUAUAGUUUUCUACAGAUCUAUGUACUUCCACGUCCACAUCAUCAGUAUUCUGGCUGCGGUCGUCCUGCAUCAGAAACAUAAACCCAGAGAACCCUCUGCCACCAACAAACCGGCUCCCCCCUCCUCCUCCUCCACCUCUUCUCCAGCAGCUGCGUGCUCAGCUCGGUGCCAGCCUGUUCACUCCAACAAUAACGACAAAGUAAACUGAAAGUCCCGUCCUCGCGUUGUUUUUAAACGGGCUCGGAUCUUCCCAGGAGUGUGUUCUGCCUGCUCCAAGUGUGAAAAGUAUAUGCUAUUUAUUAUUGUUUGCUGCGACACGGACGAUUGAGGCUGCAUCCCCGAUGUUCGCAAUAAGAGCCUUCGGCCAUGUUGGAGGACCGCGAGAAGCUCAGAGACCGUGAGGGCAAGCGAAAGCUGAAGGAAUAUCUCCGAUGCCACCUCUGCCACAGCGACUGCCUUCCCUCCUGGAUCCCUCCUGCCCUGUCCACCCACCUCAACACCUGCUUCAACCGCAUAAAACAAAAAACACAGUCCGUUCUAUCCCUCCGUCCCCCUUUGACUGGUGGGACAGGAGCCAGUGCAGUGGGAGAGUGGCAAAUACCAGAACCCGCGCACACAGACUCAUCUAUAAUCGGACACGAGGGAGGAAAUAUGCACAUGCUCCUCCGACAUGCUUGCACUCGGUCACACUCUGACGGCACACAAAGGCUGCCCUUGUGAGUUCACAAAAGAGCGUGCAAAGAGGGCAGAGGGCUGUGGCCGCUACGCCUACUUUACUUUACCCAGAAGAUGUUGUAGAUUUGUGUGGGGUGAGUGUGUGUGCGUGUGUGUGUGUGUGUGUGUGAGUGUGUGUGUGAAUGGUGAUUUGGCCAAAGUUACAUGCCAACAGCUUCUGUCAGCAACAAUGUGUGUCAGUAUUACUCUCACUGCCUAUAGACUGGGAUGAAAACUACAGGAAAUACUCAAAGCAGCACAAUUCUGUAUGAAAGUUGGUUAAUCAGGAGCUUUGGUUACAGUGGUUAGUGAAUGUGAUUUAUCCGUUUAGGUUGUCUCUCUUUCUGUUCUGAAGUAGUGUGAAUUUAAUAGUGACGUCGUUCUUAAUGUGCCUAUCGUGCGUUCGGGGCUGGAUACCUGCUGCUAUGAUAGAAAGGAACCGGAUAGAAAGUUGGGUUAAACCAGAAGAAACGUGCAGAGACUUUUUAUGGCCAGGCCGUAAACACUGGGCUCCAAGAAAUGGACAAUAUGGAAAAGAGGACAGUUUGCUUUUUAAGCUCUGAUUUUCCCUGGUAGGACAUGCCAAUUGAACAGAGACAUCUGGUGGCUGGUGGUGCCAUCCGGUCCGAUCUUAAUUAAACAGUAAAAGGAUUUUAGCUGAAACGGACUCAAUAGAGUUUCUUUAAGCACACUGCACCUGCUAGGAAUCCUAAAGAUGUGAACACUUAAAAUUGAUGUCCGAUUUGUUUGAGUUUUGCUGUCACUUUGGCGCAUUUGAAACCUCAGUUUGUGUUUUGAUCACAGAGGAGUUGUGAGUCUGGCACUGGGGAUGUGCUUGGCCAUUUUUUUAAAUGGGUGUGGUUGUUAACGGUGCCGUCUGUUGACUUCUUGAAAUUUCAGCUGCAUUUAUAGAAGUAGAUUCCUAGUAGAUCUCUAUAUGACAAAGAUUAAAGCAAAGGUGUUUUAUCCCGGCUAUUUGGGAAAUCUUUUAUGACACGAUUUGCUUUUGAACAACUUUCUACCCAUUGGGCAGAUGUGCAUUGCGGUCGUCCUUGUUUUUGCCUGAUUGAAUGACUGACUUCCCCCUCUUGCCGCCCUUCAGUGUAUACAUCUUUAGAGCUGAGGACUGAAUAUUGAUGCGUGUUUCUAAGCAUCCUGUUUCCAGUAUGAAUGAUCCUGACAGGUCCCUCUUUCUGCUGCCCAGUAACCAAUCAAAGAUGCAGGAAAUCAUGGAAAUUCUGGGGUGGGAUUAAAAAUUUGAACAGUCCUGCACGAAUCAUCCCCGGUGUCGGCAGCAAGCGGUGGGAGCCAACUCUCUGCUUACUUCACUUUCAUGAAGCAAUAGAAAACUUGUUUGAGGUGUGACUGACAGGUUUUAUUUAAUUCUUCUUCUUUUUUUUUUCUUUUUUUAAUCUGGUGAAACUCCUCCUCUCUAAUGCUCUGCACUCUGCUCCAAUCAAAUCAAGAUUUGCAUUAAAAGAAUAAACCCUGCAGGGGGAAAUGUAUUCAACAUUUUUAACUAAAGUGGCUGAAAGAAAUUCUACUCAGUUCCGUAUUACAUGUUUUCGGUAUAAUAAUAAUAGCAAUAAUAAUAAUAAGAAGAAUAUUGAUUAUGUUGACCUUUAAAUGCACGUCAGUGCCUCGGACAGUUUAUGAAGUUGCACUGGUGACUACCGAUUUUGGUUUCCUGUGAGAGUUUUUAAUAUUUAGACGUUGGUCUGGCGAUACAGUGUUAUAGGCUGAUUGCAUGCAGACUCAUUCGAGAAAUGCUGGGCAUGUAAAAUGAAGCUUUCCCCUCCCCCCUCGAGCAUGGGGACCUUUACGUUUAUUGUUGCUAUAAAAUAAAAAAAAAUGACACCACGCUGUUUGUCUACAUGUGGGCAAAGCAUGAUGGGAGCAGGGAAAGGUGUGGCACAUGUACAGUAUGAGUGCGAGGUCAGAACGAGCAGCUAUUUGAAUGAUUUAACGCUGUUAAUGAAGAUUUGUUUUGUUUGCAGACUUGUUAUCUGUAUGCACUGCCUGUCUGUCGAUUUGGUUUUAUUUUCUUAUGGCGCCGCUGCUCCAUUUUAGUAUUGUUUGUUUAGAGGAGAGCGCGUGGUUAAACAUUAAUCUUAAAGUGAAAUAAAGUUUCAGUGAACAAAGAUGAAAAUA